AUGUGUGCUGUGAAAAACUACGAUUUUGGUUUAAUUCUCAAAGUAUAUGCUAAGCUAUCAAGAGUCACUCUGCAGUCACUAAGCUCUGUUAAGACUGGUCAAAGUCUCUUCAUCCAUGAUGGUAUACUGGUGUUGGAAAAGCGCACAUUUGCAGAAGUGUAUUUCUGUGGUCAGGAAAUAGGAGUUCACUAUGCAACUGCAUACUGGAUACCUGAUACAAAGACAGUAGAAGUCAAAGACGUCCUGGACAAGGAUGGGGAUGCAUAUGGCUAUUACAAUAACUCUAUGGAAACCACUGGCUGGGGCAUCCUGGAGAUUAAAGCUGGGUAUGGCUCUCAGGACCUGAGCAAUGAGAUGAUCAUGUUUGUGGCUGGCUUUUUGGAGGGUUACCUCACUGCCCUACACAUGAAUGACCACUUCACAAACCUCUACCCCCAGCUGAUCAAGAAAUCUUCCAUCAUAAAUCAAGUGCAGGACUUUAUGCAGAAGCAAGAGAAGUGGACGAGGAAAAACAUCAGAGAGCACAAGAACGACUCGUUUUGGAGACACACUGGCUAUGUCAUGGCACAAUUGGAUGGGCUUUAUGUGGGAGCCAUAAACAGGGCUACAGUAGAAAAGAUAAAGCCCAUGACCAUGUUUCAGAUGCAAUUCCUGAAUGCAAUUGGAGAUCUGCUGGACCUGAUUCCCUCUUUCUCUUCCACAAAAGACACCAGCAUGAAGUUCUUUAAGAGAUGGGACAUGGGGCAUUGCUCUGCCCUUAUUAAGGUUCUUCCUGGAUUUGAGAACAUCUAUUUUGCUCACUCAAGCUGGUAUACAUAUGCAGCCAUGCUCAGGAUAUAUAAACACUGGGACUUCAACAUCAAAGAUAAAGACACCAGCAGUAGCCGCCUGUCUUUCAGCAGUUACCCAGGAUUUCUGGAGUCCCUGGAUGACUUUUAUAUUCUUAGCAGUGGUUUGAUAUUGCUACAGACCACAAACAGUGUAUAUAAUAAGACCCUGCUGAAGCUAGUGAUGCCAGAGUCUCUCUUUGCUUGGCAAAGAGUUCGUGUGGCCAAUAUGAUGGCAGAUGGUGGCAAGAACUGGGCAGAGAUCUUUUCAAAAUACAACUCUGGCACCUAUAAUAAUCAAUACAUGGUUCUGGACUUGAAGAAGGUAAAACUGAAUAAGAGUCUUGACAAAGGCACACUGUAUGUUGUGGAGCAAAUUCCCACAUAUGUAGAGUACUCUGAACAAACUGAAGUCCUACGAAAAGGGUAUUGGCCUUCCUACAAUGUUCCUUUCCAUGAAAAAGUCUACAACUGGAGUGGCUACCAGCUAUUAGUUCAGAGGCUGGGUUUGGAUUACUCUUAUGACUUAGCUCCACGAGCCAAAAUCUUCCGGCGUGACCACGGAAAAGUGAUUGAUAUGGCAUCCAUGAAAUAUAUCAUGCGAUACAACAAUUAUAAGGAGGACCAAUACAGUAAGGGUGAUCCCUGCAGCACCAUCUGCUGCCGGGAGGACCUGAACUCAGGUAACCCAAGUCCUGGAGGCUGCUAUGACACGAAGGUGGCAGAUAUCUAUCUAGCAUCAGAGUACACAGCCCAUGCCAUUAGUGGCCCCACUGUCCAAGGUGGCCUUCCUGCUUUUCACUGGAACCGUUUCAACAAAACUCUGCAUCAGGGCAUGCCAGAGGUCUAUGACUUUGAUUUUAUUACCAUGAAACCAAUUUUGAAAUCUAAUAUAAAAUGAAAGAGGGAGUCAAAAGAAUAGAAACUGCUGUAAAGAAGAUACCGAGAGAGAGUUCUAUUUUAGCUAUUUUUUUCAUCAGAAUUACUUA